AGCCUAGCACUCUGCAGAUAAUUUCAGGAAGCCACACUUAUGACAUAAGCGACGAGCCAGAGCAAACUCAACGACAUCAGGUCGACCACUAUUAUCAUCUCACUGGUUAUGACAACCCAGGCAAUGGAAAAGACAUGGUAAUUCUCGUAUUGAGCGAGAGAAUGACAUUUGACAAAUACCGCCAAAGUCUGCGACCUUGUAGAGGUCAAACUGGUUUGAGGAAUGUGGACAAAUUAGAAGUGUGGGCUGUGGGCAUGGGAUUCACAAAUUUUAGCCUGAAAAGUGUUCCUGAUAAACUUAUGCUGGUGAAGUUAGACGAGCAGCCGGCGAUCAACUGCAGGUCUCAUUUUCCUAAUUUCCAUCCACUCAAAGGAAGUCUCAUUUGUCACGAUGACACAGACGGUAAAAAAGACACUUGCAAUGGUGAUAGUGGGGGGCCGUUGUUCCUCGUGAACCCAACUACAAAACUACCGACAUGCGUUUAUGGUGUCGUCAGCUAUGGCAUCAAAGAUAAGGGGUGCGGUCGGCCGAAAUCCCCGACAGUAGCAGCCCGUGUCGCAUCAUACAUUGACAUGUUUAAUUUGAGUGCAGAUAGAAAUACCAAUUUCACGCAGAAAGUUGUACGAAAUGAACAUCGAAAAGAGAGCAUUGAUGAGGUUUUGUCAGAAGCAGUUUAUUACAACAGCAAGCAGUGGCUUAUGUUGUUUAUUGUAAUUUAUCGUUAUAAUUGACAAAAUUAGGAGCAAGAGAUGAGAUUUUUAUUGCUAGUAAAAUUAUGUAUCGAUAUUAUGAGAAUUUGAUUGGAAUGUUG